AUGUACAAGGUUUUAUUUGGGUUGUGUUGUCGUAAAACGGUGAAAUAUAUUCAGCCCCAGUUCCACCAGAGCCCCCAGCAGCAUGGUCCACAGCGGUAUGCACACGAAGGUCAGCUUGACAUCGGCCAGUUUUUCCAGCUUGGCGCACAGUGUCAGGCAGAAGCCCACCUUAAGCAGCAUGGCAGUCAGGUACCAGGAUCGCAGACGCAGGUCCGGAGAGCCGUUUCGUGGGUCGUACCCGGGCUUGCAACGGCCAGCCAUCUUGAUGGCGAGCAUGAGGAUGAGGAUGCCAUCAAAGACCCAGACUGGGAGGAAGAUGAGGAACCAGUUCCACUGCACCUGGGGAGAAGAAAU